AUGGAUGAGGUCACCCGCAUUCUCGACGGUUUCACAGAUCCGACAACAGGUUCAUUGCAUGGCGCAAUAUUUGUUGUUAUCGACAGCACUGGCAAAACGAUAUAUGAACGGACAAGUGGGAGAGCAACCUUCAAGGAUGGAAAUCCAACAGCCCCUCAACUGGACUCAUUGUGCUGGGUUGCAUCAAUGACAAAACUGGUAACCGGUGUUGCUAUAAUGCAGCUCGUGGAGCAAAAUCUAUUAUCACUUGAUGAUGAUGCCAGAGACUAUGUACCAGAACUCAAAGAAGUUAAAAUCCUUCGCGAUAUGGAAAGAAAUAAUGAUGGGCCUUCCGAUACCUUUCUACCACGCCUCGAGCCGGUGCAAGGGAAACUCACAAUCCGUGAUCUAUUAUGCCAUACGGCUGGUUUUGUGUAUGACAGCUCUUCGCCACUUUUAAAGAAAUGGUCUAAGUUCCACGGGCGUACAGCACAUACAUUUUGUGGGAGCAUGGACGGCUAUAAACAUCCACUUAUAUUUGAGCCAGGCACCUCAUGGGCAUACGGAGCUGGCCUCGACUGGGCUGGCCGGGUUGUCGAAUGCGUUUCAAACUCAACUCUUGAAGAUUACAUGCAGAAAAAUAUUUGGUCCCAGAUAGGAGCAACAUCAACCACUUUCCACCCUGAGCGACGUCGCAAGACCCUUCCCGAUGCAUUCGAAAUGGGAUACCGGGUAAACGUCGGCCACGGCUCUGAAUCCGUUAAAGAAGGGCCUAUAACUCUUCAACAACCUGCCAGAGACUGCCUGGGUGGAAUUGGACUUUUUACUACACCUAGCGAUUACAUGAAGCUGCUUGCUGCACUUCUGAAAGGUGGAGACCCAAUACUGUCUCAUAACGGCAUUGAUAUUCUCUUCCAACCACAUUUGAGUAAUUCAUCGCGCCUAGCUAUGCCGAAAUCGCUUGGCCUUCAGAUGAGUCGGAUAUUGGGAAUUAAUAGUGUGGAUCACACUGAUCAAGCAGACCAUUGUCUUGGGGGUACGAUUAAUCUGAAGGAUAUCCCUGGUCGCAGAAAGGCCGGUACUGUCAACUGGAGUGGGCUGCCAAAUUUACACUGGUGGAUUGAUCGCAAGACUGGCAUAGCAGGUGCUCUUUUCACGCAAUUAAUGCCCCCUGGUGAUGCCGCUGUCACCUCACUUCUAAUCGAGCUGGAGAAAGCAACAUACAGAUCUCUUACCAGUGGGGCGGAUUUUAACUCAAUUAUCCCGAGACUGUAG